CAGUGACCAGCAACUCAGGCUCGCGGGGCACCGGGCAUUACUAGCUGCGCGCACAGGUUGUGCCACCUGGUCCUGACGUCCGGUAGGCAGCUCUUAAGGUCUCUUAAGGAUUCAACUCUCACGCUGGAAACCAAUGAGUCUGCCUGACAUUUCGCGGCGAAGGAGCCCUGUGCCCCAAGAGCCUCCACUUGACUGGCCCCUGACACCCGACGCCCUGAGGCCUUCACCUUUCCCGAACCCGGUGCUGCAAGCCCUCUACAGUUUAUCCCGCAUGCUGCUCUUCCCGGCUUACUGGUCUCUGGACCAGUGGCUGGGCUGCUGGGCACCAAACGUGCGAUCCAGCGGUUUGCGGUGGCUCAAAGUCCUGGCAGGAAGUGGGGUGUUGUUACCGCUGGUGGUGGUCAGCCUACCCAUGGCCUUGGUCGGCCUUGUACUCUGGCUGCCCCUCCAGAUCUGGCGCCGCCCCUUCUGCUAUCAGCCCCCUCCCUCAUGCUGGGUGUGGCCACAGCCCUGGCACCCGCCGGCUGAGCGCCGGCGCUGCUUUGUCUUUCUCACUGCUAAUCUGUGCCUGUUACCCGACGGGCUGGCUCACUUUAACAACCUUUCGCACAGCCAGCAGCGCGCGGAGGCUGUUGGGGCCGCACUGCUAAAUAACCUUCGAUCGUCACAGUAUAGGGUUACCGAAUGCAACCAGCCGCUGCCUAGGGUGCCUGGUGGUGUGCUGAAGGCCACUUUACCUAUGGGUUUAGACUUCGUCUGUCUGCAGGAAGUGUUCGACCUCCGCGCAGCGCGCCGUCUUGUGCGCAUCUUGGUUCCAAAUCUGGGCCCGGUGCUAUAUGAUGUGGGUACAUUUGGCUUAGUGGCCGGGCCGUACAUCAAAGUACUGGGCAGUGGGCUUCUACUGGCCUCGCGCUACCCGUUGCUGCGUGCCACCUUCCGUUGCUUUCCUAACGGUCGUCGUGAGGACGCCCUGGCCUCCAAAGGUCUACUAUCCGUCCAGGCGCAGCUAGGCAUCCUGGACGGGCGCCGCAUCGUGGGAUUCCUUCAUUGCACACAUUUGCAUGCACCAGCUGAGGAUGGCCAUAUCCGUUGCAAACAGCUGACGCUGCUUCUGGAAUGGGUGGAGGAGUUUGAGGCAGAGAGCCGCCAGAGCGGUGAGGCUAUAGCGUUCAGCGUCCUCCUGGGAGAUCUAAACUUUGACAACUGCUCACAAGAUCAUGCAAAGGAGCAGGGACAUAAAAUCUUCAACUGUUUCCAGGACCCCUGCCGGCUAGGCGCUUGCAAGGAGCAGCCCUGGGCCUUGGGGACAAUCUUGAACUCCUCCAUGCUUCGCCAGUCCAUUGCCUGCUCCCCGGAGAUGCUUCGGAGGGCCCUGGAGCAGGAAAAAGGACGCCGCCUCUACCUGGCAGGUCCCCUUCAUGGAAGUUACCCAGCUCAAUCCUGGAAGGGCCGGCGUCUGGACUAUAUCACCUACCGCGGGGUACCCGGGAGUCGCCUGAGCCCAGAGGCGGAGCAGGUGACGUUCAGUACCGCGUUUGCCGGACUCACGGACCAUUUGGCUAUGGGCCUGAAGCUUCAGGUUGUAUGCUCCUGACGCUGGCGCACAGGCGAGGGAA